UGAAAGCUGCGCUCGCCACGCAAUAGUUGAACAUCGUCGAAAUCUUGCAGCAUCCAGCUCACUUGUACUCCGGUGACUCAGUUGUGAGUCGAUCUCGUUCGAUCGCGAGUGUUCUCAGUUCGCGUGUGAUGUCAAGGGUGAAAUCUCAUCAGUUCUUAUCAAAAGAAUGUUGAAAGUCUGAGAAACCCUCCGUUUAGAAAUGUGAAUCCUUUGUGUUGGAAGAUAGUCGCCCUUACCAGAGGAGAUUCCAAAAUAUUUCGUACGAUAAGAUUACAAACAAUCUACAAGUGAUCUAUUUAUUACCUCAGAUAAACACGGUCAAAAGAUAUCAGCAAGCGCGAUCAGACCGGCGGCUCGGAAGGCUGAAUGGAUACACCAAAGUUCGGACGCUUCAGGAUCUUGUUCCUAUUAUGGCUGCUUCAGGUUGCAUUGCCCGGUGCAGUUGCAUCGUACAGCAUCGGCGUAGGCAGAGCGGACACCACUGGACCCAGCGCUGAAGUCGUCUUUAUGGGCUAUGCAAAGAUCGAUCAGAAAGGAUCAGGAAUUCAUCUUCGAACAUUCUCGCGAGCAUUCAUCGUCGACGAUGGGGAGCAGAGAUUCGUCUUCGUCAGCGUGGACAGCGCGAUGAUAGGAAACGGUGUUCGCCAAGCGGUGUUGCAGAAACUUCAGCCACAGUUUGGCGACAUGUACACGGAUAAAAAUGUGAUGAUCAGUGGCACACACUCGCACUCUACGCCGGGUGGGUUCAUGCUGGACAUGUUGUUCGAUCUCACCACUUUUGGUUUCGUUAGAGAGACGUUCGAUGCGUUGGUCAACGGAAUAACAAAGAGUAUAGAACGUGCUCAUAAUGCAGUGGUGCCCGGUCGGAUAUUCAUCACCUACGGCGAGGUGCAAAAAGCAAACAUCAACAGGAGUCCCUUGGCGUACCUCAACAACCCGAAAGCAGAAAGGGACAGGUACAAGUACGACGUUGACAAGGCCAUAACGCAGAUGCAGUUCAUUGGAGCCGAUGACAGACCGUUAGGUGUGAUCAACUGGUUCGCCGUGCAUCCGACUAGUAUGAACAACACUAAUCACCUGGUGUCCAGUGAUAACGUCGGCUAUGCGUCGAUUCUUUUUGAAAAAGCGAUGAACCAGGAAUCAUUAGUUGGAAAGGUGAGACGCCCUUCCAUGCACGGUGACUUUGAUCAUAGAGGUCCCUUCGUGGCAACGUUUGCAUCCUCGAACCUGGGCGAUGUUUCGCCAAACACGAGAGGUCCAAAGUGCGAGUUUUCCGGGAAGAAUUGUUCGGAACAGUGUACUUGUCCUGGAAAGAAGGAGGCUUGCUUCGCUUCGGGCCCAGGAAGGGACAUGUUCGAGAGUACCAGUAUCAUUGCCAAUAAAAUCUUCAGAGAAUCGUGGCGGCUCUGGCAGUACGGGAACGCCAAGGAAGUGAUCGGACCCCUUCGCGUGGUGCAUCGAUACGUGAACAUGGCGGAACAGACGGCCGAAUUCUACAACCAUACCUCCGGAAGGACCGAAACGGUGCACGGAUGUGAACCAGCGAUGGGGUACAGUUUCGCGGCCGGAACGAUCGAUGGACCAGGUUCGUUUGCCUUUGAACAAGGUACCACAACCGAUAAUCCCUUGUGGAACACGGUCCGCAACUUGUUAGCAUCCCCCACAGCCGAGGAUGUAAAGUGCCACGAACCGAAGCCAAUUCUACUUGCCACUGGACGCAUGACCCUACCGUACGAAUGGCAACCAAAGAUCGUGGCAACGCAAGUCGCACUGAUCGGGAACGUUGUCAUUGCCGGUGUACCAGGGGAAUUCACAACAAUGUCCGGAAGAAGAUUGCGAGAGGCUAUCAAAACGGUCAUGAACGAUGCGUCCAACGACGAAACCUCCGUUAUAGUCGCCGGUCUCUGUAAUACUUACAGUGAUUACGUCACUACGCCAGAGGAAUAUCAAAUUCAAAGGUACGAAGGUGCGUCUACCAUAUUCGGACCGCAUACGCUAACAAUUUAUUUGAAGCUGUAUCAAGAACUUGUGACAGCUGCCAUUAUGAAAAGGGACGUGGAACCCGGACCGUCUCCUCCUGACCUAAGGAAGCAUACACUUCUCAGCUUCGUGACACCUGUUCUGUUCGACACUCCAAAGUGGGGCAGAAAUUUUGGUGAUUGUAUUCAACAGCCGCAGAAAAUUGCUUUACCUGGCGACGUUGUUACCGCAGUAUUCAUUUCUGGUCAUCCACGUAACAAUCUAAUGACGGAAAGCACGUUUUUGACGAUUGAGAGGUUGGGAGACGACGAGGUAUGGAUUCCCGUCGCCACAGACGCUAGUUGGGAAACCAAAUUCGAGUGGAAGAGGACAUCCAUGGUUCUCGGUUCGAGUCAGGUGGCCAUUACGUGGCAAGUCCCCGAGGACAUCAAAGAUGGGGAAUAUCGUAUCAGACACAACGGUUACUAUCGUUAUAUCCUUGGCGGCGUCUUCCCUUAUUACGGGGUAUCGAAUCACUUCCAGGUUGUAACCAGAGGGUCAAGAAAUCAUGGGCCAUACGUCUACUAACCAUCGUUGAUGUUUCUAUUCUCGAACGAGAAAUAUUUACGCUUAUAUUUACGACUGAAUCGAGGAUAAUUUGACGGUAAAUGCCAUAAAAUAACAAGAAAGAAAGAGAAGAGAUUUUUGUAUAUACAAUUUUAUGUUACGUAUGUGUGUAAUCUUUUUGGAACGUAUAAAAUGUCGAAUGACAUGGAUGUCCAGAGUGAUAUAGAAAUAAACGAGAAAUUUAUACAAAUUA